AUGGCUGAGGAGAUGGUGGUUUGCAACGGGGUGAGGCGUUUGGGGUUGGUUGUGGGGUGUGAUGGCUCUGUUUCAGAGAUGGGUUCGGGUUUGCAGAGAUGGGUUGUGCGAUGGCUCUGUUUCAAAGGGGAUGGGGUGUGCGAUGGAGCUUGUUGUAAAUCUGAUGGGGUGUGCGAUGGGGUAUGUCUGCAAGAGUAG